AUGUCACUGACUCCGGGCACAUUAGGCCAGUCUCCACAGAUCCUGUGGAUCGGGUGUGCUGAUUCGCGCUGCCCGGAGACCACCAUCCUCGGCCUGAAGCCCGGUGAGAUCUUCUGCCACCGAAACAUCGCCAACAUCCUCGUCAACACCGACGUCAACUCGCUGUCUGUCAUCCAGUAUGCCGUCCAAUACCUUAAGGUUAAGCACAUUAUCAUCUGCGGACAUACCAUGUGCGGUGGCAUUGCUGCCGCUCUCGACAACAAGAGGCUGGGCUUGAUCGACACCUGGCUGAUGCCACUGCGGGCUCUUCGUCAGGAGAAUCUUCCGCUGCUGAGCAGUCUCGAUGAAUUCGAGAGGGGACUGAAGAUGGUCGAGUUGAACGUCCGCCAGGGGGUCAAGCAGCUGCUUGCCAACCCCGUAGUCAUCGAUGGCAUGCAUGAGCGAGGCCUGCAGGUUCACGGGCUGAUUUACGAUGUCCGCACUGGUGAGCUGAGGGAGUUGGAUAUCGAAGAAGAAGAAGAAGUUGUCAAGAGUCGUGUUGUUGCUUUCAAGACUGUCUAG